CCAAACUUUGAUUUUUCAAAAGUAAAACAAACGUUGAGGUUGAAUGAAUUAAAGCGUUUGCUUGGUUGGUCUUGGUGCGAGGCCAAACAGCCAAAAUAAACCGCGCGCGCUUCUUUUGGCCAAGUCGCUUUUGAGCGGCCGGCCGCGAUGAACGCAUUUUCCAAGUGCAUCCAGGAUUACAACUCGGACAGUGUCCGGCAGCGACUGGAUAGACGCCACGCGUCUCUCGACCACUGCCACCAGUUUGUGUCGGACAGGACAAAAAUUUUUGCCGAAUCGGGGUGUUAUGCUAAGUGCGCAUCGGCCCUACCUAGACUGACCUUGGGGCCAAGUGACGAAGCCCCCAGACUGUCCAGCGCCGUCCGAAUUCACUUUACGCAGCAACUGGGCAGACAUUUGAUUGCCAAAAGGGACAUCCAACCAGGUGAAGUUCUAAUUUGUGAAGAGCCAUUUGCGGCUGUUUUGGCCCCUGAGUGCCGUCAAACCCACUGCAGCCUUUGCAUGAAAAGACCCGCUACAUUGAUUCCCUGCAAUUACUGCUCCUUGGCUUACUUUUGUGACGAGAACUGUCGGAGCAACGCUUGGAAGAAGUUUCACGAAAACGAGUGCCGCAUCACGACAAAGUUCUUAACUGUGACCACUAACGAAGACAAUGGAGAAGAAAUUUUACUUGCCAUUCGUCUCAUCUGCACCGUCGGUCUGGAGGAAAUAAAAAGAUUCCUCGAAACUUUUCCCUCACAGGACCAAAUCUUGGGAUUUACGGAUGGAAAAUACUUCCCAAACUUCAACGCCGUAUUUCAUUUGGUGACCAACCUUGAGCAAGUUCCCAAAGACUACCUUAACACUGGCUGCAGAAUCGCACUACAUUUAAUAAGAUGCUUCAAUGUUCCCGACUCAUUUGCUGCAAUUUUCCUGAGGAUCAUCCUUGGUCUUGAUAGCAACACGCAUUCAAUGCGUGAAAUGAUCAGAGAUGAAACUGUAGGACUGAAAUUCAAUGUGAUCGGUUGCGCAAUUUACCCCAGCGCCGCCCUGUGCAAUCACUCAUGCGACCCUAACCUGUUCAGAGCCACCCAUGGAAACUACACAGUUCACAGAGCAAGGAGGCUGAUAAGAAGUGGGGAGAUUUUGACAGAGUGCUACAAAAGUCUGUUCAUUCACUCACCCACCAAAGAGAGGAGGUCUUACUGCAAAAUGUUCUACUACUUUGAGUGCGGCUGCGAGGCAUGUGUCAAAGACUGGCCAUUGCUGGAAGACUUGCCCGAAAACCCCGUCUUCGGCAAGGGCGAAACCCAGAAGUGGACCGAGUACAAGCAAAUGCUCAAAACCAUUAGCGCCUCCGGCAGUAAUUCAGAUCUGCUGUUAAAACAGGAUGUGGAGGCGCACAUUGAACUGCUCAACUUUUUGGUUUCCAACGACAAGAGACUCUGCCGACUCUCCUUCGAGUUGGAGAAAAAAAUACAAAACUACUUUUGUUCUUUUGGAAAUUGUUAUUUUAGGAGAAAUUAAUUCGUUGAAAAAAAAAAUGAAAUUAUUUGUGAUAAAUUUUGGUCCAAUAAAAAUUCGGUCUCAUUAAAGAUAUUUUUAUCUUUCGAAACAAACUCCCGAAAAAAAAUUAAUUUGAAAUA